AUGACAAAUCAAGAAAAACAAGCUGAUGAAAUCUUGGCAUUGCAAUCAAUAUUUGAUACUAAAUUUCGUCUUCUUCAUGACAAUACUCAUUAUGAAGUUUCAAUUGACUUUGAUCUGAUUCAACCAUUUCUUCUUCGAUGUAAUGACAAAACAUCGAUUAUUCAUUAUUUACCACCAUUCUUUCUGAUUAUUCAUUAUCAUGAUGAAUAUCCAAGUGAUUAUCCUCCUUCAUUUCUUCUUUCAUGUUUUCAUUUUUCUAAGAUAUCUUUACAACAUCUUUGUCAAAAACUGGAUAAUUAUUCAUUUAUAAAAGGUGAAGUUUGUGUUUAUGAUUGGAUUGAAUUGAUUCGUCAGGAAAUCAGCAAUGAACCGAUACUUGACACCAAAAUCGAUGAACAAAUCCAUGAUCCACGAGCAUUAAAUGGUUAUUUAGCUGAGAAUGUCGAUCAAAUUUAUCAAUAUUUAAUUAAUUAUAACAAUGAACAAGAAGAAAAACAAUUUCAAAAUCGUCUUCAAACUUGUUUAAUCUGUACAGAUAGUAUUCCAGGAAUUGAUUGUAUUCGUCUUCAUCGUUGUGGACACUUUUAUUGUCAAUCAUGUUUAAAUAAUUAUGUUCAAAUGAUACUCAACAAUGGUCGAUUUGGUGAAAAACUUCUUUGUCCACAAACUCAAUGUCAAAAAGCAUUACUUCCUAAUGAAAUUAAACAAAUUAUUCAAGAUGAUCAAUUAUAUCAAAGAUAUGAACGAUUAACAUUACAACAUGCUUUAGAAUUAAUGAAUGAUAUUAUUUGGUGUCCAAGAUGUCAGUCUGCUGUUCUUACUGGCAGUGGUGCUGAUAAUUUAGCCAUAUGUGAUCAAUGUCAUUUUACAUUUUGUAAAAAAUGUAAAGAAUUAUUUCAUUUUCAAGUCAUGUGUCCAAAAGAUUAUGUCGUUGAACAAUUAAGAUUACAACGAGAAAAAGAACGUGAAAGAAUUCGAAAACAACAAGAAGAAGAACGUGAGCGAAUUCAACAAGUACAAGAAAAAGAUCGAAAAAGAUAUGCUAAACAACAAGAAAAAGGUCAAGCGGAAUUAGCUCGAAUUGAAAAACAACAGAAAACUGCAGGUGAAAGAAGUCUGUCUAAACAACGAUAUCGUGAAAUUGUUCUUGAUUUAUCGAAAGAAGAUAAUUUAUUAGAAAAAAUAUUAAAUGCUGAACGAUUGGAAGCAUUGAAUACUCAACCAUGUCCAAAUUGUAAUGUAAGAAUUGAAAAAAAUGGUGGUUGUUCACAUAUGCAUUGUUUAAGAUGUGAUCAUGAUUUUACUUGGCAUACAGCAGAAGGACCUCGAGAUCCUCAGAUGACCUCUUUGUUAUAUCAUUCUUCUACAGCUACACCAGUUGAAUCUAUCAAAGCAAAAUUAGUAAAACCAUCUGAAGAAAUUAUCGAAAAGACUCCUUCUGAUGAACACAAAGAAGAUUCGAAAUUAUUAAUUAAUAAUCGAUCAUUUAUUGGUUCUGCUAUCGUCAAACGAGUCAAAGCAUGUCCAAAUACUUCAUGCCAAAAACUCAAUGUUAAAAUAGGCGAUGAUAACUGGAUUGUAUGUAAUGGAUGUUUAAAACAAUAUUGUUUUUCGUGCGUAGAACCCAUUAAUGGUGUCCAACAUUUUCAAAAAAAAUGCGAUCGUUACACACCGCUUUAA